AUUUAUCUGUGAGCCUUUAAUGUACAUAGUACAUACUGUAUAGUAUUUGUAAUAUGUAAACAAAAAACAAUUCACUUGUAAUUUUUCUGUACUCGAGAAAUAAUCAAAUGGACAGUAGAUGUAGCGGCAGCAGCAUUUAAAACUAUUUUUGUCGUAAUCGAAGACGUGAAAAAAAAGGAAAUGGACACGCCCUCACUAAAUAUACGCCCACUAACACCGGCGCUACAGCAUAAGGCGAUUGCCGAAUUGAAUGAAGUGCCCGAGCGUCUGGCCGUGGACAUCGCUGCGUUCAGAGAAUGGUUGCUAAGGCAACCACAUUUGAAGUGCCGCACGAGCGAUCAAUUUCUUGUAAGUUUCCUGCGUGACUGCAAAUUUAGUCUGGAGAAGGCGAAACGAAAACUGAAUCAAUACUAUACUUUGCGUACGGCGAUGCCCGAUUUGAAUCAACACAACUUUGUGGAUGAUCAACGGCUGCGCGCCAUUAUACGUUUGGGCGUUACGCUUUACUUGCCGCUACCGCUAAUGGAGGAUGGCCCAUGCUUAGUGUUAAUGCGCCCUGGCAAAUACGACCCCAACAAAUUCAAUAUGACUGAAAUAUUGCGUGCAAGAUUUAUAUUGCAAGAUAUCUUCUUAAUAAGCAAUGACAAUUUGAUUGUUGGUGGUUUUAUGCAAAUCGGCGACUUUGAGGACUUCAGCAUGGCGCACUUCUUUCAAAUUAGUCCAUCGCUUAUGAAAAGAUUUAGCUUGUAUGUCGAAGAGGGCAUGCCGGUGAGCAUUAAAGGUUCACAUUUCUUCAAUACUGGCUCGGUAUUUGAGAAAAUGUUUGCCGCUAUUAAAUUGGUGAUGCCAGCGAAAAUGGUCGAAAGGGUGAGUUGAGGAGGCGAAUGAAGACAUAAUUCAUAAGAGGAAGCUUAAAAAAUUCGUAGGUUGGAGAGACUGGAGAAGUCUGCGUUUUUUGCCUAGCACUACUUGGCAAUUACAUAAAUAACUCUAAAUACACCUCGGGGAUUCACAAGUGGUGUUGAGAGUCUUAUGCUGGGAUUGCAAAAUUUUGAUGUGGCGUUUUUUUAUUGCAUAAAAUUUCCAAUUAUGAAAAUCUGGCCUGCCGGGCAGACGC